GCAUAUAAAUACCCACCACCUCCAUUCUCUCUCUCCUCAUCUCGAUCAAAUCCCAAAUUUCUGAAACCCUAAUUCGUCUCCGAAGAAAUGGCUCGUACGAAGCAGACUGCUCGCAAAUCCACCGGCGGCAAAGCUCCGAGGAAGCAACUGGCCACCAAGGCUGCUCGGAAGUCAGCUCCGACCACCGGUGGAGUCAAGAAGCCCCAUCGCUACCGCCCCGGAACCGUCGCCCUCCGUGAAAUCCGAAAGUACCAGAAGAGCACUGAGCUUUUGAUCCGCAAGCUACCUUUCCAGCGCCUCGUUCGUGAAAUCGCCCAGGAUUUCAAGACGGACCUCAGGUUUCAGAGCCAUGCUGUUCUUGCUCUUCAGGAAGCUGCUGAGGCUUACUUGGUGGGUCUGUUCGAGGACACCAACCUGUGCGCGAUUCAUGCCAAGAGGGUCACCAUCAUGCCCAAGGACAUUCAACUAGCUCGGAGGAUUCGGGGCGAACGUGCUUAAGAUGUUAGUCUAAAUUUCUUAGGUGUGAUUUACGCAAAGCAAAUUUUAUGUGUUUCUGUAGAAAAAUAUGGGUAUAUGAACUUUUAGGAUUGCCAGUAAUUGCGCUUUUGUUUUCGUAGGGUGUUCAUCUUUUGUUGCAUAUCAAAUUGUUGAUGGAAGUCUGUUUAAAUUUGAUUUCUCGGGCUCUAUCUUGCAGAUUUGCUUAAGAAUUUAUUUCGUAUGUAUCAAGACUGAUUCACAGUCGGUGAACCUUUGGUUUACACAAUCUGUGACCUGUUCUUCGAC